AUGGCAGGUUACAUAGGUGAUGAUGAGUCAACGUCAUCUAUGUUGAGCUCAGAAGGCUGGCUGAGGACUGGAGACCUAUGCUAUUUCAAUGAAGAGGGGCUUCUUUUUAUUGUUGGUAGACUAAAAGAAUUGAUAAAGUACAAGGCCUACCAGGUUCCUCCAGCAGAAUUGGAGCAUAUACUUCAUUCUCAUCCAGAAAUUGCUGAUGCAGCUGUUAUUCCGUAUCCUGAUGAAGACGCAGGAGAGAUACCAAUGGCAUUUAUUGUCAGGCGACCGAGAAGCUCUAUUAGCUCUGCCGCAGUCAUGGAUUUUGUUGGGAAGCAGGUUGCGCCAUACAAGAAAAUUCGAAGGGUUGAAUUCAUCGACACGAUACCAAAAUCUCCUGCCGGGAAGAUCCUUCGGAGGGAACUCAUCGAGCAUGCUGUCCAUAAUCCGAUAUCAAAACUAUGAGCAUCUUCUUUUAGGAUUUACAUCCACACCACUCGAUUCUUAUGUAUAUGCAUGUGUAACACCUACACUUCAAUUUUUACGUACAUGCCUCCCUAUGCAUGACAAGCUUUAUUUUAUUAUUUUCUUAACUUAAAUGGUGGUAUUUUUUUGGUGUGAUAUGAAAGAUUUGG